UGUUUAGUUGCGUUACAAAAACACCUGUAGGCGCUCAGUAGGGAGCUAUCGAUUACUUGACUUUGCGGGACUACUUCUGGGUCAUUUUAAUAACCACAUUUAUUUCAAGCUUUGAACUUUGACCUGAACCGAAGGGAUCAGCGGCGGGGUUGGUGUGCCGAUCAUGGGGCUUCUUGCGAGUCGGGAUGUAUUUUCGUGGCUGCUGGUGGCCUCUGUUUUUCAGGUGUCGAGUGUGUGUUUCGCGCAGGCCAGUUACCUGUGUACUGCAUACCUGAACAUUUCCUACUCGAUCCCUGACAAAAACUUAACCACCUGGUUUCGAGAGGAGAUGGGACUGUACGGACAAGACUCACCCAAAACUUCUGUUGUGGGGAACGUUUAUUUAGCCGAUCCGAUUUUCGGCUGUGAAGAGGGCACCCUUUACCGGCAACCGAACGACUCGAGGGGCUGGAUCGCCUUAAUUCAGCGCGGUAACGGCUGCACGUUCACCGAUAAAAUUAACGUCGCGGCCAUGAACGGAGCCGCAGCCGCUAUAAUAUUCAACGACGAUUUAGAAAAUCGGGUCAUUCAGAUGUCCCACCCAGGCACGAGCAUCGUCGCAGUCAUGAUUGGCAACUACCGUGGGAUGGAGCUGGUCCAGCUGCUAGAGAAGGGCGUACCCGUUUCCAUAGCAAUAGAGGUCGGGAAGCAGCACGGUCCCUGGAUGAGUCACUAUUCGGUGUUUUUCGUCUCUGUCUCCUUCUUUAUCGUUACUGCGGCGACUGUCGGAUAUUUCAUCUUUUACUCGGCACGGAGAUUGACCAGCCUCAGACAGCAGAACCGCAAACAGAAAAAGCUGAAAGCGGAAGCAAAGAAGGCAAUUGGCCAGCUGCAGGUUCGCACACUGAGACAAGGGGAUCAGGAGACUGGCCCUGAUGCUGAUGCCUGUGCAGUGUGUAUUGACUUGUAUAAACCAGGAGAUGUACUAUCAGUUCUUACAUGCAAUCAUUUCUUCCAUAAAUCUUGCAUAGAGCCGUGGCUGCUGGAGCACAGAACCUGCCCAAUGUGCAAGUGUGACAUUCUUAAAGCCCUUGGAGUUGAGAUGGAUGUUGAGGAGCAGCCACAGAUUUCAGUGCCUGAUUUCAGAUCUUUUUCUACCUCUGAGGACCUGCAGAGCGAGACCGUGUCACAGACGCACAGUGAGACGGCAUCCUCUGGAUAUGCGUCCAUGCAUGGAAACGAACACCUCAGUCCUGCUGAAGCUUCACAAAAUGGUGUGCAAGAGGAGCAGUUGGAUGUGUCGCCUCACUAUGACAAUCUUGCCUUCGAGGGUGACGUUGACAACCAGAGUGAAGUCAGGACCUGAGCAGCACAAACAAACACUGAUAAAAUGCACUCACACACGAAUGAGGGGUUUUGAUUUGAGGACUUAUCAAAGCACUGCUGAGCGCUUUUCUGAUUAGUUUCUGACUAAGUGCCUAUAAAUUCUCUCUCUCUCUCUCUCUCUCUCUCUCUCUCUCUCUCUCUCUCUCUCUCUGUGUGACUUUGUGUCUGUGGGUGAUCACAAUGAUUUCUGGGUCAAUCAGAGGUCAUUUUAAUUGUGUGUGUGUGUGUGUGGUUGAUUCAGGGUAUUAUGAUUUCUGAUUCAGGGUUUGAUUCCUACUGUGGUUGUGUUCUGGUUUUGAGACUCCCAGCGUCAUCGUGAUAAGCAGCUGUGGAGACACAGAGAGAGAGAGAGAUAGAGUGCUCCACCUGCUGUAAAACACUGGACUUAAUGCAUACUAUACUUUUCCCCAGUUUUGUGGCUUAUUAAAUUAUAUUGUUCCAGUUUUGAUGGAAAUUUUAAAUUUCAGAAAUAUUGUGCCUUACACACACUUAUGUAUGUGUGCAAAUGUAUAUCACUUGUUGCAAUAGGCAUAGAUAUAAUAUUGGUGGUUCUGAAGGAAUGAGUUCUCUUGAUUUUAAUAUUUAAAUAAGGGAUGAAAAUAUUUCUUUACUCUUUCAAACGAAUAGUACAGACAUUAACAUUGUAAAUAAAAUCUUUUAUGAAAUA